GUGACGCUGACGACUGAGACGGCUUCAGCUUAAUCUAGACUGGACUUCAAUUUUGAGAAGCCGGCCUUUGAAAUUCCGGCAUCAGUGUUGAAACUAUAAAAUAAUUUAAAAACUCUGCAUAUUUAUCGACGUUAAACUCAAGUCAAAAAGUGAUAUCCUAAAGGAUUAAAUGAUUUUUAAUUUUUUUAGCCCUUGGCAAAAAGCACACCUACCACGUGUUUUAAGUUUUAGAAGUAAAAUAAUUAUUUCUGAAUACCUUCUAUUAUGCGUUAAAAAAACAGUAUUAUUUCAAGUGAAAGUAAAAGAAUAUCCUCUUACUAUUUGAAGCAAUUAAAUUACAAUCAUAAUUUGAUAACACGUGUUAAAACAACGAGCCAUGGCUAACGCAGAAGGUGAUUUGAGGGACGGGCUCUCGGCUAAAGAAAUCUUUGCAAACAGUGAAGGUCUGACUUAUAAUGAUUUCCUUCUACUUCCGGGAUUCAUCAAUUUCAAAGCCGAGGAAGUUGACUUGACAUCUCCACUCACCAAGAAAAUAAACCUCAAGGCACCUCUGGUAUCGACUCCGAUGGAUACCGUUACCGAAGCAGACAUGGCUAUCGCCAUGGCUCUAUGUGGAGGUAUAGGUAUUAUACAUCACAAUUGUACUCCAGAAUAUCAGGCUAAUGAGGUUCAUAAAGUCAAGAAGUACAAACACGGUUUUAUUCGAGACCCUGUCUGUAUGGGUCCAGAAAACACCGUCGCCGAUGUCUUGGAAGCGAAAAAGAAAAAUGGAUUUACAGGUUAUCCAAUUACAGAGAAUGGGAAAUUAGGCGGACGGUUGAUUGGUAUUGUCACAUCAAGGGAUAUUGAUUUUAGGGAAGGUGACCCACAGCUCAGUUUAAAAGAAGUAAUGACACCAAUACAAGAAAUGAUCACUGCUCAGUCUGGUGUUACCCUACAAGAUGCUAAUUAUAUCUUGGAAAAGAGCAAGAAAGGCAAAUUGCCCAUAAUUAAUGGUUCUGGAGAGCUUGUGGCUUUGAUCGCUAGAACUGAUUUAAAAAAGGCUCGAAGUUACCCCAAUGCAUCAAAAGAUUCCAACAAACAGCUGUUGGUGGGUGCUGCUAUUGGAACUAGAGAUGCUGACAAAGAACGUCUUCAACUUCUUGUAAAUAAUGGAGUUGAUGUCAUUGUUUUGGACUCGUCUCAAGGCAAUUCAAUAUAUCAAAUAGAAAUGGUCAAGUUCAUUAAAAAGACAUACCCUGACAUACAAGUCAUUGGUGGGAAUGUUGUAACAAGAAUGCAAGCUAAAAAUCUCAUUGAAGCUGGUGUCGACGCCCUGAGGGUUGGUAUGGGUAGUGGUUCUAUCUGCAUUACACAAGAAGUAAUGGCUUGUGGAUGCCCUCAAGCUACAGCAGUGUAUCAGGUUAGUUCCUAUGCUCGUCAGUUUAAUAUCCCAGUUAUUGCCGAUGGUGGAAUCCAGUCUGUAGGCCACAUUGUAAAAUCCCUUGCAUUGGGUGCCUCCACUGUGAUGAUGGGAUCACUUCUUGCGGGCACUUCAGAGGCUCCAGGUGAAUAUUUCUUUUCUGAUGGUGUUAGGCUUAAGAAAUAUAGGGGCAUGGGAAGCUUAGAAGCAAUGGAAAACAAAGAAGGUAAAGGCUCAGCUAUGAGUCGAUAUUUCCACAAGGAAACUGACAAACACAGAGUUGCACAGGGAGUUAGUGGGAGUAUAGUUGACAAAGGAUCUGUUCUUCGCUUCCUUCCAUAUCUACAAACAGGAAUGCAGCAUAGCUGUCAAGAUAUUGGCGCACGUUCAAUAACUAAAUUGCGUGAAAUGAGUUACUCUGGGGACUUGAGAUUUAUGAAGAGAACAUACUCGGCACAACUAGAAGGAAAUGUUCACGGAUUGUUUUCUUAUGAAAAGCGAUUAUUUUAAAAACAGCUGUGCCAACCUAACUUUAAAAGUAUUUUGUACAAGGCCUAUACAAAUUGAGCAUUUUUAAAUUUUAUAACCAAUAAAACUGUUAUUUUGUGUACUUGUAUAUUUGUAAGCUUGCAUGGAACAGCUAUAAUGUUAUAAAAUAAGUAUUCCAUUUAUGAUUUGAUGUAAUAUUCAUGAUAUAUAUUAUGUAAGUAAUGGACCAGAUGUAAAAUAUCUUUCAUAAAUAAAGUUAUUGUCGCAAA